UGUUAGUAAACAAAACAGUUCUCCUCCCCAUUACAGCUCGGAACACUGCUCUGGAUGCUUGUGCACAGCACAGCCAUCCAAAUCAGUGUGCUUACAGUGAAGCACACGGACACAGCCCUAGCAAAACACUCCCAGCACACAGUUAACCCUUUGAUCGCCCCUCAUGUUAACCCCUUCCUGCCCAGAGCUAUUAAUACAUUGUCAAUGCUUUUAUUUAGCACUGAUCACUGUAUUGGUGUCACUGGGGAUGUCAGUGACAACAAGUCAGUUCCCCCCAGUGUCAGAAUGCCCGCCGCAAUCCAGCUAUAA